CACAGCAGCUGUCUCCCUUGAGACACACUGUCUCUCUCUCGACACUCCUCUCUCAACAUCUACAAUCUCUCUUUGCCACCAUAUCCCCAAAUACACCUCUAAAUUUAGAACCCUAACUUAUCUCACCCGAUUCUCAACCACCCAAACCCGAUUCCAAAAUACCCGAACCCUAGGUCAAAUUUUUUGCUCGAUUUGUACUGUAUUUGCGUGUUCUUGCUGCAGUGGAAGCAUAAAUCAGUCGUUUAUCUCCCAUAUUGUUAUCAACUGGAUGCACUAAAGAUGGCAAUGGAACAGAACACUAUUGUGUAUUUGGAAACUGGUUCUGGGAAAACUCUAAUUGCUAUCAUGCUUCUGCAUAGCUAUGCACACCUUUUGCGGAAACCAUCGAGUUUUAUUGUUGUCUUUCUAGUCCCCACUGCGGUUCUGGUUUCCCAACAAGCUGAGGUUAUGAAAAUGCACACGGAUUUAAAACCUAGAAAGUAUUGGGGAGUGAUGGGAGUGGAUUAUUGGAAUGUUGUCGAUUGGAAAAAGGAGCACGAUGAAUUUGAGGUUCUUGUGAUGACACCACAAAUAUUGCUUGAUGCCAUGAGGCACAGUUUUAUAAAGCUUGAGACGAUAAGGAUCUUAAAAUAUGAUGAAUGCCACCAUGCUAGAGGCAAACAACCUUAUGCUUGCAUUAUGAAGGUAAGUAAAUCAAUGCAGUAGCAGUACUAUCUAACUAAAUUUACAGUUAAAUGUUAUAGAACAGGUGACUGACUUCUUUAUAUAAGAAGAUUUUUCUAUCAUGGCACUUGCUUCCGUGGCCUAUACCUAAAAACUAUGCCAAUAUCAACUCCAUUAUAAUUCGUAUUUAUGUUCGUCUCUUUUAUUAUUCAUCACAAAAAUAAUAUCUACCUUUGAUUUCUCGAUAAUGCACCACAGGAUGACUGCUUCGCCUAUCUACACUAAAGGUACGCAAGCACUGACUUAUAUAUGUAAAUUUUUUACUGUUGAAGAUAAUUUCAUUUACUGUCACUGAGCUUGGACAGCUCUAGA